AUGGCAUCACAAUACAGCCUGGCCGAUUACGACUCUGACGAGGAACGCGCCAAAUACCCCCAAGUCCCGGAAGAUAAUCUCGCAUCUGCCGCUCUGUUCUGUGUGAAUAUGCUUGAAUCCAAGAACAUCAACUAUGCACUCUUCGGCGGCUUUGCCAUUCGCCUGCUGGGAGGAAAACGGGACACCCGCAAUGUAGACAUCCUGUUCCAGGGAAACAUAAAGGAUAUAUGGAGCAUUGUGGAGACGCAACAUCGUCUGGUUAUCCCUAGCAGCAGAUUGACCACCGAUAUUCUCAAAGUCCUUGUUCAUACUGGCCCUGGUUAUGACUCGUGUGAUGUACAAGUGCCGGUUGCGGUGACCCUCAUUGAGUCCGGUAUAAAUCAACCUUCCAUCAGUUGGCAUCCGUCCCAUCCCUGGUUUCAACACACGGAUGAGCAGCUAACUGAGGGUGUGACAACAGGAUAUCGAGGAAGUCCAAAAAGUUUGGCAACCAAUCGGCUUCUCUCUAGUGUUGACACCAUUGCGGGGCACCGGCCGAUCUAUGUCCUUGGAGUUUUUGACAUCAUCAACGUCAAGCUGGCCGCCUUCAUGCAUGAUCGUCUGGAUAAAGACAAGGAGGAUCUUUUGUUCCUCAUGCGGAAAUAUCCCGAAAAGGUUUGCACAAGAAUCAAAGACCUCGAUCAGGAGGCAGCCACCAUCUUUAUGGACUCGAUUCCUGACGACGUUCGCCCUGAGCUUACCGAAGAGAUUUUUAAUUUCAAAAUUCAUGGAGUGACUCCAAUGUCCCAUCGAGAAUAUUUUGGUUCUCCUUGA